AUGAACAGCACAAUCAACAUCCAUGAGUUUGUCCUCCAAGGCUUUCCGGGACUCUCUGCUCAGUAUUAUUCACUGGUAGCAGUUUGUUUUUUCAUUACAUAUCUGAUACUGGCAGCUGGGAAUGUUUUCAUUAUUGUAUUUGUAGCAUGUGAAAGAAGUCUUCAAAAGGCAACGUACAUUAUCUUCUGUAAUCUUGCAGCAGUAGACUUAGGAUUUGGGACUGCAAUUCUUCCAAGAAUUAUUUCUAAGUACUGGUUGUCAAAUAAUAUCAUGCCAUUUAAAGUUUGUUUUACACAAAUGUAUUUUGUCCAUUAUCUAGGAGCUUGCAGUUCAUUUUUUAUGGCAUUAAUGGCCCUUGACAGAUUGAUUGCUAUAUGCAAACCACUCAGAUACACAGCACUAAUUAAUAACUCCACUAUUGCCAUACUUUGCUUACUGGUUUGGAUAGCUAACCUCAUACAGCUAAGUGUAAUUGUUGGCCAGGCCCUUAGUGUGAUUUAUUGUGGACCAAACAUCAUAGCUCAGUGCUACUGUGAUCAUUUCUCAAUAAUCAGACUGGCUUGUGCAGACACAACAACCAUAAAAACCAUUUCUACUUCAAUUGCUAUGACAGUACUAUGGGGUCCCUUAUUUUUUAUUAUGUAUUCAUAUGUGGCAAUUAUUAUUUCAGUGAUGAAAAUCCCAAGUAAAGAGGGAAGACACAAAGUCUUUCUAACAUGUACUCCUCAGUUGUUCAUAAUUUGCCUGUACUAUCUACCUAGAAGCUUUACAUAUUUGGCAUAUAUUAUCGGCUUUGAUUUUGGAACAGACAUCCGCAUUAUGAUGACAAUGAUAUACAGUCUGUUCCCUGCUCUUAUCAAUCCAUUCAUAUACUGCUUUAAGACAAAAGAUAUUAAAGACACACUAAUAAAAAAAUUAAGAAAAGACAGCUGUGAGUAG